CAAAGUUUGACUGCGAGCGCACAACGCGUGCGUUAACAUCCGCAUAAUAAUAUCUCGCGAGAUGAGGGGGAAAAUUGCGUUUUGCUCGUCUAAAUCGAAUAACUACCGGCAAAGUUGCCGUUCGUUGCGCUGAAAAGCAGCUGACAGUUACGAACGCGCGCAGAGUCUCGGAAAUCUGUUUUCCCUCCUAGCGCAAUACAACGCGACGGGCCUCCCUGCACACCGCGAACUUCGAGACUAGAGAAUUCUGCCAUGUGCCCGUGGGCAUAUACGAGAAAGUCGCGCGCGCGAGAAGGGCUCUCGUCGACGGGAAACAAAAGCGAAAGAAGGAGAUGUAGCAGUAGAACAACGUCAGCAGUAGUCGACGUUGGAUAUGCGGGAUUUCACGGGACCUUGACUGCGCGGGUGUGUCGCGUCCCGGCUGAGGAUAAUAUCGUCGCAGCGGGUACGCCGUAAAGCCAGGGGCCCGCUGCACCGCAGCAGCCGCGAAAUUGCAGGAUGUCGGAUUCCGAGAGCAGCGGCGAGAGCAACGGCAUGACGAUGGUGGUGAAGGACGACGUGAAGCCCCUGCCGCUGAUCCGGAACACCGGGGACAGCGACAAGCUCGUGGAAUUCCAGAAGCUCCUGCGAUCAAUGAUAGACUCGCGGGGGGCCUCCCCCGACCACGACGAAGAGCAGGAGCAAGAGAUGAACAACAUACUGAAAAUUCCUACAGCGGAAACUACGGUGAUGGAGCCGACGGGCGACUUCCGUCUCGAGUAUCUCGGCAGUAUAGUGCAGAAGUCGCUGAAACUGAAGCCGGAAAAAUGGGGCCGACUACUGCUGACGGAGGACCACCGCAACGCGGUGCUGGACUUCUUGGACAACCCGGUGCCGGCCGCUCUCUUCGUCGUCCUCACGCCGAACGCCCAACUCAUACCCUCCUGCGGCUUUCCCAUCCCUUGCCAGAGGACCAAAGGUGUGUUUGCGAUAAAGAUGAAAAUCAUGGUGGUGCCGCGGGACAAGGACGCGUGCGCGGCUAUGCUGCUGACGGGCGACCUAUCGCACCGGGUGGUCGACGAACUGGCCACCAUAGUCGACAACAUCUUCGCGCCUCUGCUCUGUAAGCCCGACAACCACAAGGAGCUGCCGGGCGUCGCCGUGCAGGAUAUAUCGCGCCACGUGCACUCGCUCCGCGGGACCCUCUAUCAGGUCAAAGGCCAGGUGAACGGAAGGACGGUUCUGCCUAUGCCUGCCGGCCUCGAGAAAGUCGCGGAAGUCGAGCGAAUGAUCUCGGUCGAAGGACCCCAGGCAGUUGAUCUGUAUCUCAAGAGCGCCAUUGAGGGUGUGGUCAUCAAGUGGGCCUACCUGGUCAACGACGUCGUCACGCACGAGUCCAGCACGGCCUUCGACAACGGACAGAACCCCACUCCCUAUGUCGAGUUGGAGUACUGGUCGACUAGACUCGCCAAUUUGAGGAACAUAUUUGACCAGUUGCGGGAAGACAGGGUGCGGAAGAUGGCGGUAAUCCUGGAGAAGACCGACAGCGCGUACUACCCGUGUUUCCGCACGCUGUUUGCCAACGUCGUCUCCUCGCUCGCCGAGGCGAAAGAGAUAUCCCUGUAUCUGACACCCCUGGGCAAAUGCUUCAAGUCCGUGGAGGAAGUUGACUUUGCCGAGGCCAAGCCGAUCUGCAACUUGCUCAUCCAGGAGGCGAGGCGAUUCCUCGAUCCCACGCUGAUUUUCCAGAGCGACGUCGACGAGGCGCUGCAGCGCGUGCAAAUAUCCAAGGACGUGCUGGAGGAGUUCAAGAGACAGUUCGAUCUUCAGAAAAACAUGCCAGCGCUGAAGAAGGACACGCAGCCCUGGACUUUCAAUCCCAGUGCAGUUUUCGGUCGACUCAACGCUUUCUUGAAACGCCUGUCAGACAUCGAGUGGCUCUUCGACACUGUGCUCGAGUUCUCGAAGCUGGAAAAAAUCGAAGUCGGCGGCCUGAUGGGCAGAUCGCUGAGCAUACGUAUCGUCGCCGUGUACAAAGAAUUCCAGCAGCUCUUUCAGGCGUUCUCGACUCGUGCGACCGACGUUCUCGAGCCCGACGACGAGUCUUUCGUUCAAGACUGCGAGAAAUUCAGCGAGUCCAUUGUCGACCUCGACAGCAAGCUCGCUGCCAUACUCUGCCAGGGGUUCGAUGACUGCGGAAACUUGGAGAGUACUUUUAAGCUGAUCAAUAUCGCAGGUAGCGUACUAGAACGACCCGUGAUCCGCAAGCAGUUCACGAAUCGUUACUCCCGCAUCCUGGAGUUGAUGAACAACGAGCUGACUGUGAUCGAGAUACUGUUCAAUCGCGGACCUCGCGGAGCUAUGGUCGAUCUCCCACCGCUUGCGAGUGCACUGCAAUUUACCAACAUGCUGAAGCAGCGGAUCGAUCAGCCCAUACACGCUUUCAAGUCACUGCAGCAUCCGAUUAUCGAGACCGAGGAGGGAAAGAGCAUACUGGUGCGAUACGACAAGCUGGUGGAAAUGCUGAAAGAGAAGCAAAAGAUUUUGUUCCUCGAAUGGUCUAAAAUUGUUCCAGAAUUGGUGAAAGUGGGCUUGAACAGAUCGUUACUCAAGAGAGAUCAAGUCUCAAUGCUUAUAUUGAAUUUCGACCCCGAUUUAUUCGCUGUGUUGAAAGAAGUCAACUAUUUGAAGCAGAUGUGUUAUGACAACAUUCCGCAAGAAGCUUUAGAGGUAGCCGAAAUGUCGGAAACUUUUCGACAGUUUCGAACUUUGCUGACGACCACCGUCAACUUUUACAACGAAAUCCGCCGCACGUGUCGAAAAGUAGAAUUCAACUUGAUAGACAUGGAAAUAGCCCGGAUCGACUCCCUGAUUCAGAGAGGCCAGGAAGAACUGCGGUGGAACUCGGAGGGUCUCUUGGAGUACAUGUCGGAACUCGGAAGUCUGGUCGAGGACUUAUACAAGCGCGUCAAAGUGACGCAAGCUAACGUCGAGAAGAUUCGCAACAUCAUCGAGCCAUGGACGCGAAUGCCACUCAUCGAACGCAAGGAUCGCCGCAAGAACACACUGCUCUCUCUGGAGGAGCGAGGUGAACGCGUGGCCAAGCGGUACGCGGAGAUAUGCAGGGCAGCUGAACAGAUUCAAGAGCUGCUAACGGAAAAUAAAAAGCUCUUUGAGAUCAACGACGACAAGAGCGAGGCUUGGCAAGCGUACGUCAACUACGUGGACAAGAUCGUGGUCGAAUCUCUCCGCAAGGCUGUCGGCUGCUCGCUCAGUUACUUGGCCGAAAAUAUGGAUGCGACUAGUCAAAAUGAGCCGCUAUUAGAAGCCCGACUCGAGUUGAGAGAACCAGACCUGUAUUAUGUUCCAUCUUUGGAGCCAGAUGAUCCAGAUGGUCUGGAUCAGUUAGUGGCUGGUCUUCUAAAUGAUAUCAUUGGUAUGGCGACUCUGGUGGAAAGGCUCAAGUCCGAUACUGAAGGUUACGCGGAAGAACUUGAAAAGGACGAGGAUAUUUGCGCGAUGAAAAACGAAAUUCUUUCCGGAGUAACUAGAGCCGUUGAAGAGGCUACUGAUUUUUGCGGGAUUUUCGAAGGUUACGCAUAUCUCUGGCUAGAAGAUAGGAGUAUAGUGAUGCAGCAAUUUUUGGAUUAUAGUAGACAACUGUCUCUCGAUGAAAUGGACAUGAUUGUUGCUUUGGAUCCAAAAGCUCCCAAAAAGUGUUCUCCUAAGAUGGAACAGUUUAGGGAACAGAUAGAUCUCUAUGAAAGCCUUUACAAUGAGGUCGAAGAUAUGAGCACUUCAAAAAUAUUUUGCGUUUGGUUCAGAGUUGAUCUCAGGCCAUUCCGACAAUCUCUUUUAAACACGAUUUGUAAAUGGUCUAGUAUGUACAAAAAACAUUUGGUGGAACGGGUUACAACGAGCCUUUCCGACUUAGGAGCAUUUAUACGACUUGCUGACGAAGGACUGCUUCAACAGAUACAGCCAGGAGAUUAUGCUGGUCUUGUCAGCGUGAUGGGGUAUUUGAUGAAAGUUAAAGAAAGACAACCAAUCACGGAUGAAAUGUUCCAGCCUUUACAAGAAACUAUCGAACUCUUGAAAUUUUACGACCAAGACAUUCCAGAGGAAGUCAACGUUCUAUUACAAGAACUACCCGAUCAAUGGGCAAACACGAAAAAACUUGCAGUAACGGUAAAGCAGCAAGUUGCACCCCUACAAGCAGGUGAGGUUUCAAGAAUACGAGGUCGCAUAUCAGCUUUUGAUACAACAAUAGUGCAAUAUCGUGAGGCAUUUAGACGCUACGAGUUUUUUAAAUACGAUUGCAAGAACCCGUACACUCAACUAGAUGAGGCCCAUAAAGAAAUUGCCAUGUUGGAAAGGCAGAUGAAUGACAUUCAAGAAUCUGCUUCGCUUUUUGAAGUUUUAGUACCAGAAUUUAAACAGUUAAAACAGUGUAGAAAAGAAUUAAAAAUGCUCAAACAGCUAUGGGAUUAUGUAAAUAUAGUAAAAAGUAGCAUCGAAGGUUGGAAGACUACUCCGUGGAGAAAAAUUGACGUAGAAAAUAUGGACAUUGAAUGUAAAAAAUUUGCCAAAGAAAUAAGAGGUCUAGACAAAGAGAUGAGACCCUGGGAUACAUAUACGUCCCUUGAAGCAACUGUCAAAAAUAUGUUAACUUCUCUGAGGGCUGUAGCAGAACUUCAAAAUCCUGCAAUUCGUGAAAGACAUUGGCUCCAAUUGAUGAAAAGCACCAAGAAAUUGGGCAACAUGACUCCAGAAAUGACCGUGCGGUUCGUAAUGAAUGACUCGACCACCUUAGCUGAUUUACUGGAACUAAACUUACACGAUUGCGAAGAAGAAGUAAAGAAUAUUGUGGACAAAGCUGUAAAAGAAAUGUCGAUGGAAAAAUAUCUCAGAGAACUAAACGUUACAUGGUCGGGAAUGGAAUUUGAGAAGGAGCUGCAUCCAAGAACUGGUGCGAUAUUGUUAAGAGCGAGUGAAGAAUUAAUUGAAACUUUAGAAGAAAAUCAGGUUCAAUUACAAAAUCUUAUUACUUCCAAAUUCAUAGCACACUUUUUAGAAGAAGUGUCGUGCUGGCAAAAGAAAUUGAGUAUAGCUGAUCAAGUUACCACACUUUGGUUUGAAGUCCAGAGAACGUGGAUGCAUCUUGAGAGUAUUUUUAUGUCAUCUGAAGAUAUUAGAAAACAGCUACCAGUAGAUUCUGAACGAUUUGAUCGUAUCGAUCAGCAAUUUAAAGAAAUGACCCACGAAAUGGCAAAAACGCCUAACGUGGUCGAAGCCACGAAUAAAGACAACCUCGUUACUACUCUAGACAUUCUUCAAAAAGAAUUAGUUUUAUGUGAAAAAGCUUUGGCAGAGUAUUUAGAAACAAAAAGAUUAGCAUUCCCCAGAUUUUAUUUUGUUUCAUCAAGCGAUUUAUUGGAUAUUUUAUCAAACGGUAACCAGCCAGAAGUUGUUGCAAAACACUUAGUUAAAUUAUUCGAUUCAAUGGCAAGAAUGAAAUUUGACGACAGUCAAGGAAACGUAAAGCCGGAACGAAUUCUCGGUAUGUAUGCAAAAGAUGGCGAAUAUGUCCAAUUCGCAAACUGCGAAAUGGUUUGUGAAGGAGCAGUAGAAGUUUGGUUGAAUAGACUACAGAUGGCAAUGAGAGUUUCUAUACGACAUUACUUCAGCGAUGCUGUGGUUGCGUAUGAAGAAAAACCAAGAGAACAAUGGCUGUUUGACUAUCCUGCUCAAGUAUCUCUUUGUGGCACUCAAAUUUGGUGGACUACUGAAGUAAAUUUAGCUUUUGGUAGACUUGAAGAAGGCUAUGACAAUGCAUUAAAAGAUUAUUUAAAGAAACAAAUUGCUCAACUAAGUACAUUAAUUUCUUUGCUGCUUGGAGAACUCAGCAAGCAAGAUCGUCAGAAAGUAAUGACGAUUUGUACGAUCGAUGUACAUUCAAGAGACGUUGUUGCUAAACUUGUACAUGCAAAAGUUGAAACUGCCCAAGCUUUUCAGUGGCAAAGCCAGUUGAGACAUAGGUGGGAUGAAAAAGAGAAGGAUUGCUUCGCAAAUAUUUGUGAUGCUCAAUUUAGAUACUCUCAUGAAUAUUUAGGAAAUACUCCAAGAUUGGUGAUAACCCCUUUAACUGAUCGAUGCUAUAUCACCCUAACGCAAUCCCUUCAUCUCGUGAUGGGUGGAGGUCCAGCUGGUCCCGCGGGAACAGGAAAAACUGAAACUACUAAGGAUCUUGGGCGAGCGCUUGGCAUUAUGGUGUACGUGUUUAACUGCUCUGAGCAAAUGGAUUACAAAUCCUGUGGCAAUAUUUAUAAAGGUCUUGCACAAACUGGUGCUUGGGGAUGUUUCGAUGAGUUCAACAGAAUAUCAGUAGAAGUGCUCUCUGUAGUUGCUGUACAAGUCAAGUCUGUCCAAGAUGCUAUUAAAGACAAGAAAGAAAUUUUUAACUUUAUGGGCGAGAUGAUUGCUUUAGUUCCGACGGUUGGUAUUUUCAUCACGAUGAAUCCUGGUUAUGCCGGACGAACCGAACUUCCAGAAAACUUAAAAGCAUUAUUCAGGCCAUGUGCAAUGGUUGUUCCCGAUUUCGAAUUGAUUUGUGAAAUUAUGUUGGUGGCCGAAGGAUUCCAAGAAGCUCGUAUACUUGCUCGAAAAUUCAUUACUUUGUAUACCCUGUGCAAAGAACUUUUAUCCAAACAAGAUCAUUAUGAUUGGGGAUUGCGAGCUAUUAAAUCAGUUUUAGUAGUAGCUGGAAGCUUAAAACGAGGCGAUCCCGGUAGACCAGAGGAGGAAGUUCUUAUGCGAGCUUUGCGUGAUUUUAAUAUCCCAAAGGUUAUAUCUGACGAUUUACCAGUUUUUAUGGGUUUGAUUGCUGACCUUUUUCCAGCACUUGAUGUUCCUAGAAAAAGAGAUGUGGAAUUUGAAAAGACAGUGAAAGCCGCUGCUACGGAUCUUUCAUUACAGCCGGAAGAUGGUUUCAUUCUGAAAGUUGUCCAGCUCGAGGAGCUCCUUGAAGUGAGGCAUUCCGUGUUCAUAGUAGGUUCUGCUGGAUCGGGUAAAACCCAAGUUUGGAAAACGCUUUUUAGAACAUAUCAUAAUAUUAAAAGAAAGCCAAUUUUCAAUGAUCUCAAUCCAAAAGCUGUUACCAAUGACGAGCUUUUUGGUAUAAUAAACCCAGCUACUCGUGAAUGGAAGGAUGGUUUAUUUUCAGUUAUAAUGAGAGAGCAAGCUAAUCUUGGAGGAGAAAAUCCAAAAUGGAUAGUUUUGGAUGGUGAUAUCGACCCUAUGUGGAUUGAAUCAUUGAAUACUGUAAUGGACGACAACAAGGUUUUAACUCUCGCAAGUAAUGAGCGAAUCGCUUUAACACCAUCAAUGAGAUUAAUUUUUGAAAUUUCAAAUUUACGUACAGCUACCCCAGCGACUGUUUCCCGAGCAGGUAUUUUGUACAUUAAUCCUCAAGAUUUAGGAUGGAACCCCUACGUCACAAGUUGGAUUGAAACUAGAUCUUCGCAAUCUGAAAAAUCAAAUUUGGUUAUUUUAUUCGACAAAUAUAUUCCAUCUUGCUUGGAAACAUUACGAACAAGAUUUAAAAAAAUAACACCCAUUGUCGACAUGGCUCAUGUUGAAAUGCUGUGUCAUCUUUUAAGUUGCCUACUCACCCCAGAAUUGGUAUCAAAUGAUUUCUCGAAAGAUCACUACGAACUUUAUUUUGUCUUCGCUGCAGUUUGGGCAUUCGGCUCUGCUAUGUUUCAAGAUCAAGCCGUAGAUUACCGCGUAGAAUUUAGUAAAUGGUGGACAAAUGAAUUCAAACAAGUAAAGUUCCCAGCUCAAGGGACAGUUUUCGAUUAUUACAUAGAUCCAGAAACAAAGAAUUUUCUUCCCUGGACAGAACGUUUACCUAAAUUUGAGCUGGAUCCAGAUGUACCUUUGCAAGCAGUAUUAGUUUACACAGCAGAAUCAAUAAGAAUUAGAUACUUUUUGGAUCUUCUCAUGGCGGAAAAACAUCCGGUUAUGUUAGUUGGCCCAGCUGGGUGUGGAAAAACCGUUUUGGUGGCGGAAAAACUUUUACAACUUUCUGAGAACUAUGCAGUCACGAACGUUCCGUUUAAUUUUUACACCACGUCAGAAAUGUUGCAAAAAAUUUUAGAGAAACCUUUGGAGAAAAAAGCUGGUCGUAAUUAUGGCCCACCAGGAAAUAAAACUUUAGUUUACUUUGUCGACGACAUGAACAUGCCCGAAGUCGAUACGUAUGGUACAGUUCAACCUCAUACACUUAUAAGACAACAUUUAGAUUAUAGUCACUGGUACGAUAGGACAAAGUUGGCUUUGAAAGAGAUUCACAACUGUCAAUAUGUGAGUUGCAUGAAUCCAACAUCAGGUUCAUUUACAAUAAAUCCUAGGCUUCAAAGACAUUUUGCAGUUUUCGCGGUUAGUUUUCCUAAUUCAGAAUCCUUAACUACAAUUUACGCAUCAAUACUAUCUCAACAUUUGGCAAAUGUAGAGCACAGAUUUCCACUGUCCGUUACCGAUCUGUGUGGAAACAUAGUCCAAGCUACUUUACAGCUGCAUCACAGAUGUGCACAAGUUUUCCUUCCUACAGCUACAAAGUUCCAUUACAUUUUCAAUUUGCGCGACCUAUCCAAUUGUUUUCAAGGGCUGCUUUUUAGUGGGAAUGAAUGUCUUCAAGUACCAACAGAUUUUGUGAGAUUAUGGUUACACGAAACUCAAAGAGUUUACGGGGAUAAGCUCACUGACGAGAAAGAUAUAGAAAGCUUUAGCAAAUUACAAAUUGAUAUUUUAAAGAAGAACGUCGAAGAAAUCGACGAGGGGGCUAUUUUUGAAAAGCCUAAUAUAUACUGUCACUUUGCAGGAGGAGUAGGCGAACCAAAAUAUAUGCCCGUUAAAGACUGGGCUAGUCUACAUCGUUUAUUGACAGAAGCACUUGUUAGCUACAAUGAUUUAGUUGCGGCAAUGAAUCUUGUACUUUUCGAAGAUGCUAUGAUGCACGUCUGUAAAAUCAAUCGAAUUUUAGAAUCGCCUAGAGGUAGCGCGCUUCUAGUGGGUGUAGGUGGUUCAGGAAAGCAAAGCUUAUCUCGUUUGGCAGCUUUUAUAAGUUCUUUAGAAGUAUUCCAAAUACAAUUACGAAAAGGAUAUGGGGUAGCAGAUCUGAAAUUAGAACUUGCAUCUCUUUAUUCCAAGUCAGGGCUUAAGAAUCUAGGAAUAAUGUUUCUAAUGACGGACGCGCAAGUACCAAAUGAACAGUUUUUAGUUUUGAUAAACGAUAUGCUGGCAUCUGGAGAGAUUCCGGAUUUGUUUCCUGAAGAUGAAGUUGAAAACAUCAUUGCUGGUGUGCGCAACGAAGUAAAGGGAGCCGGAAUUUUAGAUACCAGAGAAAAUUGUUGGAAGUUUUUCAUCGAUAGAGUACGCCGUCAAUUGAGAGUAGUACUUUGCUUUUCACCAGUGGGUUCUACGCUAAGAGUUCGAUCACGGAAAUUUCCCGCAAUUAUAAAUUGCACGGCCAUUAACUGGUUCCAUGAAUGGCCUCAAGAAGCAUUGAUGUCUGUAUCGAAACGUUUCUUGCAAGAACUAAAUGAACUUCCCGAAACCUAUUUAGAAUCAGUGGCGAAGUUUAUGGCACAUGCGCAUACGACAGUAAAUUUAGCUAGUCGUCAGUACUUAGCCAGUGAACGACGUUAUAACUAUACUACACCAAAAUCUUUUCUUGAACAAAUUAGCCUGUAUACGAAGCUUCUGCAAAACAAAUCCAAGCAAUUAAAAGCUCGAGUGGAAAGAUUAGAAAACGGCUUGGCCAAACUGAAGUCUACAGCGGUUCAAGUCGAUGAACUGAAAAAGAAACUGGCCGUUCAAGAAGUCGAGUUGCAACAAAAGAAUGAAGCUGCUGAUGCUCUUAUAGCCAUUGUUGGCAUAGAAACCGAGAAAGUACAAAAGGAAAAGGCUCUUGCUGACGAAGAGGAGUUAAAAGUUGGCGUUAUCGCAGAAGAAGUUUUGAAAAAGCAAAAGGACUGCGAGGCUGAUUUAUUGAAAGCUGAGCCAGCACUAUUAGCCGCUCAAGAAGCUUUAAACACUUUAAAUAAAGCAAACCUAACGGAACUAAAGUCCUUCGGCUCACCACCUGGCGCAGUAACAAACGUAACCGCAGCAGUUAUGGUUUUAUUGGCACCUAAUGGAAAAGUCCCUAAAGAUAGGAGCUGGAAAGCUGCAAAAAUUGUGAUGGCAAAAGUUGAUGCUUUCCUAGACGCUCUAAUUAAUUAUGAUAAAGAAAAUAUCCAUCCCGAAGUCAUCAAAUCUAUUCAACCGUACUUGAAAGAUUCUGAAUUCGAACCUGAAUUCGUUAGAUCUAAAUCUGCAGCUGCAGCUGGUCUGUGUGCAUGGGUCAUAAAUAUAAUAAAAUUUUAUGAAGUUUUCUGCGAUGUAGAACCAAAACGAAAAGCUUUGGCUCAAGCAAAUGCUGAAUUAGCUGCUGCACAAGAUAAAUUAAGUGUCAUAAAGCGGAAAGUUACGUCUCUCGAGGAACAAUUAGCUAAACUGACUGCAGAUUUUGAGCAAGCUACAUCAGAAAAACUCAAGUGCCAACAAGAAGCUGAUGCAACAAAUGCAACAAUUGCACUUGCGAAUCGUUUAGUGGGUGGAUUAGCUUCAGAAAACGUUCGAUGGGCGGAUUCUGUUGCAAACCUCAUGCAACAAGCGUCGACAUUGCCCGGUGAUGUUUUAUUAGUAACAGCGUUUAUAUCGUAUGUCGGCUGCUUUACCAAACAAUUCCGAUUAGACCUGCUAAAUAAGCAGUGGCUACCGUUCUUGCGAAGCAUCGAGCCUGCUGUGCCAAUAACUGACGGACUCGAUCCAUUAUCUUUAUUAACAGACGAUACGCAAAUAGCCAAAUGGAAUAACGAGGGUUUGCCGAACGACAGAAUGUCCACUGAAAACGCGACAAUAUUAACUAAUUCAGAUCGCUGGCCUCUAAUGAUCGACCCGCAAUUACAAGGCAUCAAGUGGAUAAAACAAAAAUACGGUGAAAAUUUGCGUGUAAUUCGUUUGGGACAACGAGGGUAUCUAGACGUCAUAGAGCAAUCCUUGGCAUUGGGCGCUACCGUGCUUGUCGAAAAUAUAGGCGAAUUUGUCGACCCCGUGCUCGAUUCUUUGCUUGGCCGUAACUUAAUAAAAAAAGGUCGAGCCUUGAAAAUUGGGGACAAAGAGGUCGAAUAUAAUCCGAGUUUUCGUUUGAUCCUGCACACGAAACUGGCAAACCCUCAUUACAAGCCUGAAAUGCAAGCUCAGACAACCCUGAUUAAUUUCACCGUAACGAGAGACGGCUUAGAAGACCAACUUCUAGCAGAAGUAGUUAAAGCGGAACGACCAGAUCUCGAGGAAUUAAAGGCGGAUUUAACGAGACAGCAGAAUGAUUUUAAAAUCACACUGAACAGCCUCGAAGAUUCGCUUCUAUCCAAACUGUCGUCAGCUGGCAGCAAUGUAUUAGGCGAUACGGCUCUCGUGGAAAAUCUGGAAACUACCAAGAGGACGGCUGCCGAGGUCGAGCGUAAAGUCACGGAAGCUCGGGGCACUUCGCGCGAGAUUGACGCUGCCCGCGAGCUGUACCGAGCGGCAGCAGCUCGGGCUUCGCUUCUCUAUUUUAUUCUCAAUGACCUUAACACCAUCAAUCCCAUCUACCAGUUUUCGCUGAAGGCCUUCAGCGUCGUCUUUCAGAAGGCCGUGCUCAAGGCGGAUCCGGCACCCGAGGUGGGAGCUCGCGUCAAGAACCUCAUCGAGUGCAUCACGUACUCGGUCUUCAUGUACACGACUCGUGGCCUCUUCGAGUGCGACAAGCUCAUCUUUACCUCGCAGAUGGCCUUUCAGAUUCUUUUGGCUCGCGAGGAGAUAUCCGCUACUGAGUUGGACUUUUUAUUGAGAUUCCCCAUUACACCUCAUGUCACAUCGCCCGUGGAUUUUCUUACUAACACUAGCUGGGGUGGAAUACGUAGUCUCGCCUCCAGAGAUGAAUUUAGAAAUCUGGAUAGAGACAUUGAAAGCUCGCCAAAACGCUGGAAGAAGCUGGUCGAUUGCGAGUGCCCGGAACGUGAGAAGUUUCCACAAGAGUGGAAGAACAAAACAGCACUGCAGCGUUUGUGCAUGCUGAGAGCUCUGCGACCCGAUCGAAUGACUUACGCCAUCGCAGCUUUUAUAGAGGAGAAGUUGGGACCGAGAUACGUGGAGGGUAGAACGGUCGAGUUUGCCAAAUCUUUCGAGGAAACCAGUCCGUCUACGCCUAUCUUCUUUAUUCUCUCGCCUGGAGUUAAUCCGUUGAAGGACGUAGAGGAUUUAGGAAGACGUUUAGGAUUUACGUCAGACGCAACGAAUUUCCAUAACGUUUCUCUCGGUCAAGGACAAGAGAGUGUGGCCGAGUACGCGAUGGACGAGGCCUCGAAGAAGGGACACUGGGUGAUUUUGCAGAACAUACAUUUAGUCAAAAAAUGGCUUCCCCUUCUAGAGAAGAAGCUGGAAGUGGCUGCCGAGGGUUCUCACCUCGAUUACAGAGUUUUUAUGAGCGCGGAGCCUGCGAGCACUCCGGCUGGCCAUAUCAUACCGCAGGGGAUUUUAGAGUCGUCCAUCAAAAUAACGAACGAACCGCCCACGGGGAUGCAAGCCAAUUUGCACAAAGCUCUUGACAAUUUUACCCAAGACACUCUGGAGAUGUGCAGCAAGGAAGCAGAAUUCAAAGUCAUCUUGUUCUCUCUAUGCUACUUCCAUGCAGUUGUAGCUGAGAGAAGGAAAUUCGGACCACAGGGCUGGAAUAAAAUCUACCCCUUCAAUGUCGGCGAUCUGAACAUAAGCGUAAGCGUGUUGCACAACUAUUUGGAAGCAAGUCCGAAAAUUCCCUGGGAAGAUCUGAGAUACCUUUUCGGAGAAAUAAUGUACGGAGGCCAUAUAACGGAUGACUGGGACAGAAGACUCUGCGUUUCUUAUCUGGAAGAGCUUAUGCAACCUGAUCUCGUGGACGGCGAAUUGCACCUCGCUCCAGGUUUUCCCGCACCGCCUAACACCGACUUGGUUGGCUUUCACACGUACAUCGACGAAGUUUUACCGCCAGAAUCACCGUACCUGUACGGUUUACAUCCGAAUGCGGAAAUGGGAUUUCUAACAACGACUUCGGAAAACUUAUUUAGAACUGUCUUCGAAAUGCAGCCCAGGGACGCUGGAAGUUCUGGCGGACAAACUGUUACCAGAGAAGACAAGGUGAAACAAGUUUUGGACGAGAUCCUGGAGAAGCUUCCGGAGGAAUUCAACAUGGCCGAGAUAAUGGGCAAAGUUGAGGAGCGCACCCCCUACGUCAUCGUCGCUUUCCAAGAGUGCGAGAGAAUGAACUACUUGACGGGAGAGAUCAAGCGAUCACUUCGAGAAUUGGAUCUCGGUCUUAAAGGCGAACUGACCAUCACCUCGGACAUGGAAGAUCUGGAGAAUGCCUUGUUUCUGGAUCAGGUGCCCCAGACCUGGACCCAGAGAGCGUAUCCCUCGUUGCUGGGCCUGACCGCGUGGUUCGUCGAUCUGCUGCUCAGAAUACGUGAGCUGGAAACGUGGUCCACGGAUUUUGUGCUACCGGCUUCCGUCUGGUUAGCGGGUUUCUUUAAUCCGCAGUCUUUGUUGACAGCGAUAAUGCAAUCGACCGCCAGACGACACGAGCUUCCGCUCGAUAAAAUGUGCCUACAGUGCGAUGUCACGAAGAAGAACAAAGAGGAGUUUACAUCCGCUCCACGAGACGGUGCCUACGUCCACGGGAUUUUCAUGGAAGGUGCCAGAUGGGACGUACAAGCCGGUAUAAUCGUGGACUCCCGACCCAAGGAACUGUUCCCCGCGAUGCCUGUCAUCAACAUCCGCGCCAUCACCCAGGACAAACAGGAUCUGCGCAACAUGUACGAGUGCCCGGUGUACAAGACGCGUACGCGAGGCCCCACCUACGUCUGGACCUUCAAUCUCAAGACCAAGGACAAGCCGGCCAAGUGGACCCUGGCCGGCGUCGCCCUGCUGCUUCAGACUUAG